GCCUCAAAUGCGUCUCAUCGCGCGCUUUACUGCUGCCGCCUGAUCUCUAGGGACAUCAGAAACACAACACACGCGCACGCACGCAGCUUUACGCUCACAUCCUUCUCAAACAUGUACCUGAGGCGCUUCACAGGCUUUUAAGAGCCUGGAGACGCGUUUAUCGUUCAGUGUUGUUUUAUCAAAGCGCAGGUGAAUUUAGCGUGAAUGCGUCACGCUGUACCGGGCACGCGAGUGUAUCAUGAUAGUGUGGCGUAGGUUACGCAUGUCUAAUGUAACGCGCGUGUUUUAGUUGACAAAUAACCGAGCAAAGCGUUACGAUGAAGGACACCGGAGAAUCAAAAGAUCAGCAGCUGACUGUGGCCCUGCGGAUUCGCCCACUGAGCGAUGCAGAACAGGAGGAAGGCGCCACAAUAAUAGCUCACAAAGUGGAUCAUCAGAUGGUGGUUUUAAUGGAUCCCAUGGAAGAUCAUGAUGAUAUUCUUCGUGCUCAUCGAUCCAGAGAAAAGACUUACAUGUUCGACGUAGCCUUCGACUAUACAGCCACGCAGGAUGAAGUGUAUAGAUCCACCACAAAAGGUCUGAUUGAGGGUCUCAUAUCAGGGUACAAUGCCACGGUCUUUGCUUACGGACCCACAGGUUGUGGGAAGACAUACACAAUGUUGGGAACCGACAGAGAACCCGGUAUCUACGUUCGCACCUUAAACGACCUAUUCAAGGCUAUCGAAGAAACCAGCGAUGACAUGCGGUACAGCGUUUCAAUGUCCUACCUGGAGAUCUACAAUGAGAUGAUAAGAGACUUACUGAAUCCAUCUUCUGGAUUCUUGGAUCUUAGAGAGGAUUCAAAGGGAGAGAUACAGGUCGCUGGAAUAACAGAGGUCUCUACUAUCAAUGCACGAGAGAUAAUGGAGUUGUUAAUGAAAGGAAACAAGCAGAGAACUCAAGAACCGACGGCGGCAAAUCAGACGUCGUCUCGCUCUCACGCCGUACUGCAGGUGGCCGUGCGGCAACAGAGCCGAUGUCGAGACAUUUUGCAGGAGGUGCGGUUUGGACGGCUCUUCAUGAUCGAUCUGGCGGGGUCUGAGCGUGCUUCACAGACACAGAACAGAGGUCAGCGGUUAAAAGAGGGCGCCCACAUCAACAGAUCUCUGCUCGCUCUGGGGAACUGCAUUAAUGCCUUGAGUGAAAAAAACGGCAACAAAUACGUCAACUAUAGAGACAGUAAACUUACACGAUUGCUUAAGGAUUCUCUGGGAGGAAACAGUAGGACGGUGAUGAUUGCCCACAUAAGCCCCGCCUCUCUUGCCUUCGAAGACUCACGAAACACCCUGACCUACGCCGACCGUGCCAAAAGCAUCCGCACACGGGUUAAAAGAAACCUGUUGAACGUGUCUUAUCACAUCGCUCAGUACACCAGCAUUAUCUCGGACCUCCGUAGCGAGAUUCAGCGACUAAAGAAAAAGAUUGCGGAUCAAUCCAGCAGCAAGCAGAACCCAGACAGAACAGACAUCCGACAUGUGCAAGCGGAGGUGCAGGCUCAUUCAUCUCAAAAGAGUCGAGCUGAGAUGGACCAACUGCGUGAACAACUGAUCGAUGCGUUCAGACAGCAGAUGGACAUUAGAAAGCGACUUAUGGAGCUGGACAACAGCAACAUGGAGAUCCAGAUAGACACAUCCAAACAUCUGCUAACAAUAGCAGACUGGGAGCAGGAACGCUUUAGGAGAAGAAAGAAGUGGCAGGGAGAGAGGAGGAAGGAGAGUUUCAAUAAAGACGAAAGCGAGAAAGACUCGGACUCACCUGAAUCUUUGCCGGACAGCUCAGAGACACAAGAGGUGGCCAUUGCCAGAGAAAACCUGGUUACUCUCAUGGCCGAGCAGAAGAAAAUACAAAAACAGAAGGCCGGUAUGGAGCAGCGUCUGGUUGAGCUGAGGGAGAAAGCUCGGCGUCUGGAGGAACUUCUUCCUCGCCGGGUGAGCUCAGAGGAACAGAGAGAGGUGCUGUGCCUUCUUUGUAAGGUCCAUGAGCUGGAGAUCGAGAACGCGGAGAUGCAGUCCAGCGCUUUGCUCAAGGACAACGUGAUCCGACAGAAGAACGUGGUAGUUCAGAGAUUCGAACAGCACAGGAACCUUUGCCACGAGAUCAUCCAACAACAACGGCAGUUCAUUGAUGAUCACAGUCUCUUGGUCCCUCCACACCUUCAAGAGCUUUAUGAGAUGUAUAUGAAGGAAAUGGAUGAGAAGAACUUGGACAGAGUCGUGGCCUUGGAUAAAUUCACCAUUCGUACCCUCAAGGAGGGUUCCCUGCCCAAAAUCACUCUCCCCAGCAGAGGUCGUGAUCCUCUACAGGAGAUGGAUUCAGAUCAGGAGAGCGUUCGCACUUUGGGCUCAGAUAACCGACAAGGUCGAACCAAAGUGAGGAGACACACACUCCCUCCAAUUCUCCCAGAGUCUGACGGGGACAGUAAUCGAGUAUUUAAGAGCAGUCACAAACAGAUGAAGAGCUCUGAAGUUAUGACUCCACCACCAAUUCACAUCAAUGGCUUGGGCAACAGAGAGCUGUUACCAUCUGUCCUGGAUGAUACAUUGAGAUACAGUCAUCUCAGUCACAGUAUGAGCAGUCAUCUGGAUUCUUCACCUGACAGCAGUGACGCACCACUGACACCCAAAGAGAGACAGCAGAUUCUGAGGGGUGUGCAGAACAUUGCAGUCAAGGCUGCCCGACGCCGCUCGAAGGUCCUGGAAUUAGAUGCCCUCCGAUUACCCCCACCGCCCUCUCCACUGGACCCCAAAAAGCACAAGAGUAAUCUGUCUCUGAGCGAUGCGCCCCCUAAAGGCCCACCGCUGCGACGCGGGAGACAGCCCAGCCCAGAGCUGCGUCAUGCCACCUCUGAUGACAACCUGUCCAGCAGCACAGGUGACGGCCACGCCCCCAACAGCACGUGGACGCGGCCGCGGAACCGUCAAGCCGUAAAGAACGCCGCCCCGCGGGAGCAGGACUUCGAGGGUCGCAGGCGCAAGAGGAGAUCUCGAUCAUUUGAGGUUACAGGACAAGCAUUGUCUCAGGCGAAGAUCACCAACCAACGAUUUCGACCCCUGGACAGCACAUCUGAUCCCCAUCUACACAUCAACGGUCAACCACCGGCCCCCCUCCUGCGUCCCCAACACAGAGCUCAACUUACAAAAGGUCGACCCUCCCACAACAUCCACCAAACAGGAUCAACAGCGGAUGUGACUUCCACCAACUUGCCCUCCCAUCUCCUUAAACGUGGACCCCAAACCAGGCAACUUCAGCCUCUGCUGUACGUCACCACCACUGGGACAGGUGCACAGCGUACCCGCAAGCACUGAUGGCAUUCAGGCUUUUCUGCAUAGACUUUUCGUCCUGACCAAGCACUAGCACGAUGGAUCCCCUUAAAAAUUAUUUUAUUGAGACCAAGUGGAAGGUUUCUUUCUUUGAUCCGAAUGGAGGAGCUGUACCAUUAGUUAAAACUUUUUGACUUUGAAAUCUGUACCUUGUGCUGAUCACAAGUAAACCAGAUUGAAAAGAGGACCCGUACCGUGUCGUAUGACCAGCUUAUAUCCUUAGAGAUUUUGCUUAAAUGCUUGUAGCUUUUUUCUGACUUGCGAUGUCAGCUUAUUUUUUAUUUAUUGGCCAUUGUAAUUGGAAAGAUUGCCAUGAAUUCAGCAGCCUUGGUUUAUGUUAAAACUAUAUUCCCUUAAUGAUAUGCAAAAAAUUCCAGAGCUAAAUCGACAGGGGAUAAGUCCUGCCUCAAAAUGCCUUUUGGUUAAUUAUUUAUAUCUGGACGUAAGCUUAUGAAAACGAUUAAACAAUUCGUAAGAAUGUUGUUGUUUCUUUUGAAGUAAAACAGAGAUGUUUGUUUAUGUAAUUGGAGUCACACCCGUCACCUUCCAUAGGGAACAAUAUAUAUUUCACAGCUACUGUAUACUGUGAAUGCAUUGCUCCCUCAGGCCUGGCAUCAAUGAAUGUACUGUCGUAUUACUCAUAAAUCAUAUUUCUGUCUUCUGCGAAUGUGUUUCUGAUGAUGCACAAUGCUCCAUUUCUGAUGUCAUUUUGUGUUUACUGGGAAGAAUCGAUGUUAUUUUGCCUUCACUGUUAUUUGGGUUUCGGCGUUUUCCUUAAAAAUCCUUAUGGGUUUGUGUUAGUUCUUAGUACCAGAUGAGGUGGCAUGUUUAAUGUAGUCCAGACCCUCAAUGGAUUGUUUUUAAAUCUAAAAGAAAAAAAUACUGCUGCCUUCACUUAAAUGUACUUAAAAAUGUUCAAAGUUUCUGUAUUUUUUUCAUAAUUAUACAUGCAUAGACACUUUUUCUACUCUUAAUUUUUUACCUUUUUUGUAACCAAAAUAAAUUUGAUCGGCAAAGUGA